AUACGGUGAAGAGUGCGUGGAUAAGAGGCGACAGUGGCGUAAGGGAGGCUUUUGAGAGUUCUCUCUAAACGUAGCAACUCUUGAAAUGCUAAUUGGCUCGCACAGCUUCUUUGCGCCAACUCUCUUUCACUGUAACCCCAUAGGAGCCUUGUUCAAUUUCUCCUCCAAAAGAAUCAUCUCAAUCAAUAAUGGGUUUCGUUCUAUUACUCCAAUUAGUCUCUUUGUACCUGCAGCUAGUUUGAAGAGAGAUGAAAAUAAGGAGGCAGAUGAUUUUGCUGAACUGAAGGAGAAAGUGGAAAAUGUGGGUAUUAUAUGCUGCAAUUCUAUUAUCCCUGGAGAAUACACUCGAUUAAUCUGUCCCAAGUGCAAAGGUGGUCGGUCGAUGGAAAGGAGUUUAUCAUUUCAUAUAUCCCGGAAAAGGAAUUUCGCAUUAUGGAGGUGUUUCAAUUUUGAAUGUGGAUGGUCAGGCCAGGUUUUCGCACACAACAGCACGACAUCAGCUGGGGUCGAUCAACUUGGCAGAAUGGGUUCUCCUCGGAUACUUACGGAGGAAAGCUUGAAGUUAGAACCAUUAGGUGAUAUGCUGGCUGCAUAUUUUGCUGAGAGAAUGAUAUCAAAGGAUACUCUGAAGAGAAAUUAUGUCAUGCAAAUGGCUGGUGAUCAGAUCAUCAUUGCCUUCACUUAUACACAGAACGGUAUGCUCAUUGGCUGCAAGUAUCGGACUCUUGAGAAAAGGUUUUGGCAGGAGAAGGGUACAGAUAAGGCACUUUAUGGACUGGAUGAUGUAAGGGAAGCAGAUGAGAUCAUCAUUGUAGAAGGUGAAAUAGAUAAGCUUUCGGUGGAAGAAGCUGGAUUUCUUAACUGUGUCAGUGUUCCUAAUGGUGCACCACAGACCAUCACAUCCAAGGAACUGCUACCACCGGAAGAGGAUACCAGAUUUUCAUACCUGUGGAACUGCAAAGAUUUCUUGGAAAAGGCGUCCCGGAUUGUGCUGGCAACUGAUGGUGAUUUACCAGGCCAAGCAUUGGCUGAAGAACUUGCCCGCCGUCUAGGGAGAGAAAGGUGUUGGCAAGUAUGUUGGCCUAAAAAGGAUGAAUUUAGCAGUUAUAAAGAUGCAAAUGAGGUACUUGUAAAUCUGGGAGCAGAAGCUUUGAAAAAAGCGAUUGAAUGUGCUGUGCCAUAUGAAAUGCAGAAUUUAAACUAAUCCCCCAAGCUCUCUAGUCUUAAGGUAAAUGUUCCAGAUUUGUGACUAUGCUAACAGUUCUAGUCUUUCCAUUAUUUUUGCUGCUCUUACUUUCUCUACUCUUUCUGCUUUUGUCCCUUUUUUAAAUCAGGAUAACAACCAAUCAGAAUAUUUUGAUACACAGAAAUAUUUUCAACAGUACCUGACUCUCUCUCUCUCUCUCUCUCUCUCUCUCUCUCUCUCUCUCUCUCUCUCUCUCCACAAGACUUUAUGUGUCUACUGUGUCUGUAAGUAACAUUACUGAGGAUGAGAACUUGAAGCAAUUUUGUCAACAUCUACAUAUCCCUUUUCAAAAGUUUUGUAUUCUCCUUUAA